GUCAUUUCUCGCCAUGUUGUUUAUUUACGGUUGAGAAGAGUGCAGUAAACUUUCAAAGAUGCAAAGAACUGACUCUUUGAGAAAGUAUGGGAGAUGCAACGCCAAGGUUCGAUCGUGGUGGGGUACAAGCAAAUGUUAAUAACGGAAGAGAAGGAACUGCGACUAGUGAUGACCGACAUGACACAAACAGAUCAAGUUCAUCUAAUGGAGUUUGCCAUACACCCAUAUUUGAUGUCCCUGGGACAGCAACAUCUGGCAGAAGUUCAAUAGCAAGUAGUACUUUGACGCUGCCCAGAUCAGUUACCAGUGAUAAAGGAAGGGAUGCCAUAAUAAAUGAAUACUAUGAUGAAACAAAGCUGUUAACAGUGAUAGAAACCUGGAUAAAACAGCUGAUUGAACAAGAGGAAUUGCCUUACAACCCUUAUCCUGGUCUGGUUUGGCAGGCCAGAAGAUGUGCGGAGAGGUUUGGCAUGUUUGGAGAGGACAGCAGAACUGUUUCAGAGAAGAUAGAAAACCAAGUAUUCAGCAUUGGAAGUUUAGCAUCUCGCACGCAAGACAGUCCAGCUCGUUGGGGCCUAGCUACAAUACUACGAGUUGUCAACACAGAGGCACUUACCGUGUUUGACUGGCUGUUAUCAAGUAUGAACUCUGAUGUUACCACAGAUGACUCUGAAGAUUAUUCUUAUAUUAUACAGAAACCCUUUCCAGUUCUGUGUGGACCGUGUGUCUUUGUUGGAACUUUGUAUCCAGUGACCAGUGAAGAAAGCAUUGAUAUUAGGAUGGAAUAUGCUAUCAGUGGACCAGAGGAGAGUCGUGCUGCAGAAACAUUUUCCAAAGCAGUCUUAAGUGACAUCAUGAUGACAAAUGAUGCUGAAGUCCACAUUGUACUUGGUGUUUCCAUACCAGUAGAAGAUGUGAGACAUAGGGGUCAUUGGGUCAAGGAAUUUUGGACAUGCCAUAACAUUACAGAAAUACAGGAACAGUUUCUGGAUCUACUCAAAUCUGCUGCUGUUGCUCAGAAAGUUACUGAAACUCAGUGCAUGUUCAGGUUACAGCCAGAGAGUCGACUGUAUAGAAGAGGACGCAAACAGUACAACUUGAAUUUUAUAAGAACAGAAGGAGGAAGGUCAACAUCAGUUUCUUCAUAUCCUUAUCAAAGUGCAUAUGAGGGAGUCUUUACCAGUAGCUUCCACAUUAAAGAGUAUUUGGCUAGGUUUGCUGGUCGGGAACCAGGUCAAGACCUAAGUUUAGUCACUCCAGCAACUACAGCAAGAACUCAGACUCAGCGCACUGGAAGGUCAAGAAGGAACAGGGACUCUUCAAACUCUCAACUACGGUCAAGUGCAGUAACCAUGGCAACAAGUCAGGCUGGAUCGUCUAGUGCAAGUCAAGGGAAUUUGAAUAACCCAACAGUAGGGCCUUACAGUGAACAGUCCUUGAGUGCUAUAAAAUCAUACUUUAGUGACAGAAUCUUUGAGUUUGCCGAUGAGAUUGACUUCUUCAAAAUGCUCCACUUUGUAAUUCUUGUGGUCCUUCUGAACAGAGAGGAAUCUGAUGCUCAGGAAUCCCUUGUAGAGGCCUACAGGCUUCUGAAGAGCACAGCUUAUCAGCUCUAUCAUGUGAUGCAACAAAACCAUGUUCUUCAGGACCUUGUCACUUUCUUUGCAUCACGUGGGAUGGGGGCAUCAGAUGUUGUACAAGCACAUUUCCUGGCAUACAGGCAUUCCUUGGAAGAUUUUUUCAGCAAUUCCUUGCGGGAGAGGAGUAGGGAGAUGCUGGUUUAUGGCAAAGUAUUACUCAAGAUGCUGGAUGCCAUGACAGUUAUAAAUCCUCAUUUGGAAGGAAAUACCAGGACUGGUACCCUGCCACUUACUACUGAGGUUAACAGUGGAUUAGAGGUGAUAAACAGAUAUUGUGAAACAGUGUUUCUUGGGUUGACUGAUGAUGCUUUGUCUUGCUGUUCCUUUAUUGUGAAAUAUUUUCCCCCAGUGAAGAACGGCAAUUCUCUCAUCGUGCCGCAGAGCUUUAAACAUGGAGCUGAAAGGGGAGACAUAAUCAACCAAGGAAAACUGGCGUUAAUUGUGGCAGAACAAGCCAAAACUAUCGCUGCUCCCCCAACCAUCGCAGAAGAAACUGUCUUGCUGCAGUAUCUUGUAGACUCGAAGCUUGAUCAAGUGUUCCAUGAGUUCCUAGUUGACCUUGUGACGGAAGAGGAGUUCAUUCCAGCCAAUCCAUACCCCAGACUAACAACCGACCUCACAGUGGCAGCCAUGAGGAUGGAGUUAUUUGGAGAAAAGCGUCCAAAGCUGUUAUCCAAACUCGUGUCCGCUGUUCAACUGACUGACCCGGAAAACUUUGUCUGUCAUGUCCCUGGUAUUGAAGCUUACGGCUUGUCCAGUGCUAUAGCAGCAUUGGAUGGAAAAUAUUACAACAACUUGCGUGCCAGACUACACAGUCUCUCUAACAGAGUCAACACCAAGAUAACAGUGGCUGGCUUUUCUACUGUUGUUGACAUGGCUCUCUGUGGAUUUGCCCCUCUCUAUGGUCGCAUGACGCCAUAUUUACAUGAGAUAGACUUGGAGGAACAUUAUUUUAUUCAAGGUCCAAGUCACAGCAGAACAGAAGUCAUACUUCACUUUGCAAAGCUAGUUUACGACCAUCUGGUAGAUUUCAGUGAAAAAGAGGAUGUUCUCUUUCUUGGGUUUUUUCUUGGAGGAGAAACUCUGAGGCGCAGUCUUCAUGAUAUUGUUCCACCUCAGCGAAAGAAAGCUUUCAUGUCACAGUUGAUCUCCACUGUUGUAUCCAAACAGCCUCUGUUUUUGAAGGUUUAUGUGGCACUUGACUGGCGACUUGUCAUGGUAAAGAAGUCCUUCUGUCUUCAUUUUUUACCUGGACAGGACGUUGGUUAUGAGAGGUUUUACAAUGCCAGCAGCGAUCCUUUGGCUUUUUAUCAGAUUGUUUUCUCAAAGCAGGAUGUGGCAUUAUCAUACGCACGAUGCUGUGGACCCCAGGACCUCACGGACCCCUGCAAAGGAGAGAACCUUGUGCUAAGUUUAGUUCACGUGGAUCACUAUAUAGAGCGUGCUAAAGAGGAAGAGGACUUGAUAUCUGUUUACAGAUGGCUGAUGCUCAAGUCCCUUAUGAGUCAGCACAAGUCCUACUUAGUAGAGGCAUGGCGAAUGUUUCACAGCGUGGCUUCUCAGCUGGAGUAUCUGCGCACUUUAAAUAAAACCUUGCAGAGCUUGGUCAAUGAAGAACUCAGCAAAACAUUCAGACCUCUGUUGGACGGUGACGAGAGAACGUCCCUUCUUGACGUCGCUGCUUUAAAUACCAUGGCAACCGCGUAUGGUGACAAACUGGAGCGGGUGUUGUCCCGCGGGACGGCCCUUACACCAAGUGGACUUUUGCCGCGUUUACGAGAAAAAUUUCGCCAGGUGACUUUAAGAGAUCCGGUGUCUCGAACCUUAAGUUUGGUUAUCUCGUCAAAGACACCAAUCAUUCUACAAGAGAUCAAUGAAAUGCUACAGCCUUUAAUGGAUGCCGCUGCCCAUAAUGUUCACUUGGCAUGUCCCGAGAUCCAACGCGCGCUGAAGUCUGUGGAAGUCGACGUGUCGGGCCGAAAAUCCAGCUCGCUGGCUGAAAGCAGAAGUUAACAAACUGUUUUUCAGCGCAGAGCUUAACUUCGACUUCCAUUCCCUUACAAAUUGUCACGCAAGACUGCUCACAUUGUGUAUUAAGGAAUGAAGCGAUGCAUAAUAACUCAUGUAACAGCAGAAUGUUGUUCUGUACAAAUGUCCAACAAGUCCUUGCUAUGAGCAGCUAUGAGACAAUAGCCAACCUCGUUCCUUAAUAUACAAGGGGACUCUGUUAGUAUCUUGGUUAUUGCCAUGCUUCCUUUCGUGUAAAUACCGUCGGCUUUCAAAGACCUGAAGGUCAGGAAGAUAAUAAUAAAUAUGUUAUCACUAGACAAAAUAAUUGGGCUCUUACAAAGUGAAAUGUACGAUUUGCUUCACAAUAACGUAAUACAAACAUAAGAUAAGCUACUUUGACUUAAAUUAUUUUCUACACGUAACACUUCGUGCAAUUUUCGAAGCAUUCUCAUACAUUUCUUAUAAAUGGCUAAACUUGUAACGCAAUCGCCAACAGCCUAAUGCCACGUAUUAAUCGUAGUUAUGAGAAAUGUUUCCCUCUAGAUGGUCAAACCAGGCAGGCAAAAUCAUCCUCACAGCGGGUCAAUUUGCCCGAUGUCUGGCCCUUAAUAAAAGCCUUGAAACAUAAACUGCCCUGAAAUUACAUUUUUAUCAUUUAAACAGUGGAACAAUUAAAUAAUAUUAAUUAAGUGAGUC